AUGAGUUAUGAUGAUGCUUCUACUUGUUAAAAUUAGUGUCAAAAAAAUGAAGUUAUUGAUAGCGAAGGUAAAAAAUGCAUUAAAUGCAAAGUCAAUGGAUGCGUCUAGUGCACUUCUUAAUAAAUUUGUCUGGUUUGUGAUCAGAAUUUAGUGCUUGAUAAAAAUAAAAAUUAGUGCGAUGCUAAAAAAGGGAUUUGUGAAUCUGAUAUAUAAUUUCUUAAUCCACCUUUCGAAAGUAGAAAAUGCACGAAUAAUUGCCAAUAAUCUUAUUAUUAGAAUUAUAGUAGCUAGAUUUGUGAAUACACUUAGGGAUGCCCAUAAAUUCAGCAAUUAUCUAGUUUUGUUAUGAAUACUUCUGUGGAUAAUAUUGCAAUAUUUAAAGAGAAUCAAUACAUAGUUAUGAGUGGUGGGACAUGUAACUUCGCUAUUGUGGAUAAAAACUGGAAUAUAAUAACUAAAUAAACUUUACAAGAGAUGAAUGCAUUCGAAUUCUUUAAUAGAUAGGAUGGGAUAUAAAUGUAGUAUUUUUUAUCAGGAGUUUAUGGUGGAUGUCUUCAGGGAUAAAGGUUUAAUGUUAUGAAUUUUGAGACUCUACAAAUAGAAUUCGAUGAAUAAAAUUUGGAAUAAAAGCAUGAUAUUAAAUACGUAGAUGAUGUUAAUAUGCUCAUUUUCAUGUAUUUAACUAUAAAUUAGCCCUUUUACUCUAUUAAAAAUAUUAAGCAGAUAUUAUAUUCAGUCUUAAGAAGUUAAUUAACUAUUUGUAGGAACAUUUCAAUAGGACUUUUCUAUAUCACUUAUAAAGUCAAAAUAAUGUUUCAGUGCUAUUCCUGA